AUGGGUGGCCCGUUGGCAGACAUCGGGUCAAACCACCAGCGUCUGCCUAAGAAGACCGUUCAGCGGAACUCUUUCGUCCAGUUGCAGGAUGAGAACUCGAUUACAACUCCCAAGAAGACGCCCGAGCAAGACUCGCCCCACUACAUGGCCAGCACCAAGGCCUCGAUCAGUGCCCAAGCCACGGCUUCACGCUCAAAACUCCCGCGACGUGCUGUAACGCCUUCCUCCUUCUCGAGUACCGCUGCGAAGGGCCGAGCGUGGGUUGCGCUAGCUACAAAGCGAGUCCGCAGUGGACGCGGCAAAACGCCCGAUCACAGCAACGGCGCGCUAUCAGCAGUUGUGACAGCCCGCAUUGCGAAGAGCGGCGUGCCAGCGAUCUCCUCUCCUCUCGAGAAACGUCUUCCCAGUCUGCCAAUUGCCCAGAUCAGUACUUCGAGUCCAGCCAAGGCGAGCCGUACGCUCAUCGAUGCCGCCGAACGGCCUCUACGCAAGUCACCCGGAACACCAGAGGAGGCGGAGUGGCCUGCUCUAUCCCCUGAGAGGACAUCGACGUCCUCUGACACUGCACAGAGCUCAUCAGCGGAACAUUCCAUUCAAGACCUAGAAGUGUCUCACGCGGUCGAAGCGCAAUUCAUGGACAAACCCACCGCCGUGAUGGUUCGCCAAUCAGUCGCGGAUCCGGCCAGAACGCUUGAGGACGCAACGGCUACUUCGCCCGUUGCUGCAGGAUUACGGACUAUGGUGUGUGGUGACCAGGGCGCCAAUGACGAUGAACAAGCCACGAAGCGAAUGAAGGCCCGCCCUGCAUCUCGGAGCAGCCUACCCAUCGCGCGAACAAAGCUCCCGUCAUCACCAGUGACACCUACACCGUCGGUGGCUCGCAGCAGCCUUCCUCGAGGCCUUCCAAGAGCGACCAUCAAGACCCAUCCGCGCAGUUCACUUCCCAAGCCGAAGCGUGCUCCGUCUCCCCUGAUCAACAGUUUCAACCAGAGCGCUAGUCCCACGAGGGAUUCUUCAAGUCCACAGCUUAAGAACUCGCAAACAGUCAUGAGUGCUCAAUCUGAAGCAGUAUCGCCUUCAUCCAUCCGCGCAGUCAGCCAGUCACCGCCGUCAAACUACCACUCUCCUUCCGGCCAAAAUACUCAGCGGAACAAGCCACAACCGGACGGUCCUCGCAUCCCAAGCCGAAGCUCGUCACAAAAACCAUCUCCAGCCUCCCUCGAAGGGGAUUCUUCAAGCCCCAGUUCGAGCACCGCAGCAGGGACACGCGUUAGGCGACUAUCUUCAACCUCUUCAUGUAGCCGCGCAUCUGGGCUCGCUCCGGUCUUGACGGUUUCAGAAGACGCUGACAGAAUCAUAUACGGCGACCAUCCACCACCGCCGCCCCCAAAACCCCGCGCGCAGGCCACAGGCACCAUCAAGCGUGACUCAAGCAACGUUACCGGGCUUCGCAAGGCCUCGGAGCAUAGCCAGAAGGAACCGUCUGACCACGGCGCCAAAAGCUCUGGCAACAACGGUGUAGACGAAGGCGACGCGGUGUCUUACAAGUUUACGAUGUUUGAGAGCCCGAGACCAACAGGCGCUAGCACUGAAGAUAAAGCUGGCCUCCGUGGCAGCACGGGAGCUUCCACAUUACAGCAGCGCCCCACUUUUGUGAACCGUACCAACUUCAACCGUCCCUUGUUGUUCUCAGAAGACAUACAGUCGAUCGGUUUCCCGUCGAGGGUCCCGUCCCAGGCUGCCCAAGCGACUAAGACCACCGUCGCUCCGCACACGCUUAGAGCUCCGUCGCUCAUGAAUGCGAAGCUCUCAGCUGACCUCUCUCCUUACUCCAGCGUGGGCGAUUACCUGAAACAGGCCGAAUCCACGAAGUCCUCCAGAAACUCUAUGCCGAGGUCCGACUCGAAGGCUCGCCUCGCUCUCUCCGGUAUCCGUAGCAUUUUCCACAAGCGGGACCCGAAGUCUGCCUUGAGGGAGAAAGACCCGAACAAACGCAUGGCUAAUGUCACGUCUCAUGGUAGCUCUGCCAAAAAACCAAGGCAGUCCUUGUACAACGAUCAGCUACCCAGGACUUCGCAGGCUCUACCCGUUGUUAAUACUCCCCCAGUCCCUUCCGCUCGACUGUUUGUUCGCCCUCGCCACCCAUCCGAGUACAUCUCCGAAUCACCAUCCCUUGAAUCGCCCGCACCCACGGCAUCAAGCGAGACGGCCAGGCUAGCCACGGCGUUGAUCGAGCAAGCUCGCUCAGGACGGCUCGAUGCAUCGGAGCAGGCGCGCCUGCUUAGCCUUGGAGAGAUCAUGCUACACACUGCCAACUUCCAUGCGCGGUCUAGGCAGGCAAUGGAACGCGCCCAGCAGGCUGCACGUGAGGCGAAGUUGGCUCACGAGAUGACUAACGAAGUAUUGGCUGCGAUUGUCCGGAUUGUCCAUCAGUCAACGUCUGUCAGCGAUUUGCUUGGGCGCCGCUGA